UUCCUUCCUCUUCUUUUAUAUAUACAUAUUCAUAUACAUAUAAAUAUAUUUCUAUAUACAUAUUUGUACAAAUACAUAGAAUGGCAACAGCUGAAUACAAAAAGAAAUUAUAUGAAAUCCAGAGAACAGGAGAGAAUAAGACUUGCUUUGAUUGUGGUGCACCUAAUCCUCAAUGGGCAAGUAUUUCAUAUGGUAUUUUUAUUUGUUUAGAUUGUUCUGGUAUCCAUCGUUCUUUUGGUGUUCAUAUUAGUUUUGUUCGUUCUAUUACGAUGGACAAGUGGUUUGAUGAUCAAUUAAAAAAAAUGGAGUUGGGUGGAAAUGAAAAAGCAAGACUUUUCUUUGAAUCUCAAUCUGAUUAUUCACCUAACAUGCCUACUAUGGAGAAAUAUCAUACCCAUUGUGCUGAAUUAUAUCGAGAAAAGUUGGCAGCUGAAGCAGAAGGUCGCCCUUGGACUCCGACAAUCACAGCGAGAUCCAGUAAAGGAUCUACUACGAGAACAGCAAAUGCUGGUACACGUUCUUUAAAUAGUCAAUCAUCUCGAUUUGGUUCUACUGCUAAACUUUCUAAUACACAUCGUUCAAACUCUUCUACUUCAAUGUCUGGUUUUGGUAGUGAUUCCUAUAACAAUGAUACUCCUGUUAACAGUAGAAAGGAACAAAAUGAGCAUUAUUUUGCUCAACUUGGAAAUUUAAAUGAAAAUAGACCAGAUCAUUUGCCGCCAAGUCAAGGAGGUAAAUACACAGGCUUCGGUAAUCCCCAAUUUGAAGAUGAAUAUAAUGCAAGGAGAAAUGUAGGAAAUGGUUCAAUUGAUAUCCAGGAAAUUAUUCAAGAUCCUCGUGUUGCCUUGGAGAAAGGUUGGUCACUUUUGUCUUACGUUGGUAAAGCAGCUAUAGAAUUGGGAAAAUAUGCCAAUGAUAAUUACGUAAAACCUGCUGCUGCUCAAUUGGCAGAUCCAAACUUUAGAGAGCAAGUACGCGAAAAUGUGAAUAGUUAUGUUUCUUCAUUUACACAACAAUCUAAGAAUUCUUAUGGAUAUUAUAAUGGUGGCUCAGAUACAGGUUCUUCAACUCCUUCCUCAUUGCGUUAUUCGGGCAUGAAUUCAUCUCAUACAGCAGAUGUUCCUGAUGAUGACUUUUUUAAUAGUACCAUUCAUAACUUACAGCAAUCAGAUAAUGGUCGACAAACGCCAACUUCUACCUCAACUCCUCCUGUAAAAAAUAGAUCGGUUAGUAGCACGACUUCUGUUCGUUCUAGAGCUAAUUCAGCAGCUAAAAAGAAAGCAGAUGCUAAUUCUGAUGAUGAAUGGGGCACUUGGUAAUAAUAAAAAUAAUAAUAAUACCAUGUGAUUGAAUUACUUUUUUUUUUUUUUUUUUUUUUUGUCAUUU